UCUGCUUUCCUCUACUGCCCUCGCCCUCUGUCUACUGUCAGGUGGGCCUGGAACCAGGAUGGCUGAGCCCCGCCAGGAGUUCAACAUGAUGGAAGAUCAUGCUGGGACCUACGGGCUUGGGGACAGGAAGGACCUCCCCUCUCAGGGGGGCUACACCCUGCUGCAGGACCACGAGGGCGACGGGGACCACGGCCUGAAAGAACCUCCCCUGCGGACCCCCGCCGGUGACAGAUCUGAAACCGCUGAUGCUAAGAGCACUCCGACCGCCAAAGACGUGACAGCGCCCCUAGUGGAUGAGGGAGCCCCCGGCAAGCAAGCCGCCGCUCAGCCCCACCCGGAGAUCCCAGAAGGAACCACAGCCGAAGAAGCAGGCAUCGGAGACACCCCCAACCUGGAAGACCAAGCGGCUGGACACGUGACUCAAGGCCCGCAGAGGGGAGAGGUGGUCCAGGAAGGCGCCCUCAGAGAGCCCAGGCGUCAUGGAGAUGCGGCCACGGGUCUGACCCGCCAGCACAUGCCCGACGUGCCUGGGGCUCCCAUCCUGCCUGAGGGCCCCAGAGAAUCCGCGUACCAGCCCCUGGGGACAGAACCCGAGGACACAGGGGGGCGUCGCCGUGGCCUGGGGCUGCUGGGGCACCAGCCUUUGGGAGGCCUGCGCCAGGAGGGGCCGCCUCUGAAGGGGCAUCAGGGCAAAGAGAGGCUGGGGGGUGAGGAGGUCGAUGAAGACCGCGACAUCGACGAGUCCUCGCCCCAGGACUCUCCUCCCUCCCAGAGCUCCCCAACCCGAGGCGGGCCAGCCCCCCAGACAGUUUCCAGAGAAGCCACUGGCACCCCUGGUUUCCCAGCUGAGGGUGCCAUCCCCCUCCGUGUCGAUUUCCUCCCCAAAGUUUGCACAGAGCCCCAGGCCUCAGAGCCUGAGGGGCCCAGCACGGGGCCCACGGAAGGGCCUGACGGGCCCCCCGAGUUCACGUUCCACGUGGAAAUCAAAGCCAAUGUGCAGAAGGAACAGGGAGGCUCCCAGGUGGAUGUGGGAGGGGCUGCCCCUCCGGGGGCCCCUGGAGAGGAUACAGAGCCCCCGAGCCCCUCUGAGGGAGGCGACACAGAAAAGACUGACCUUCGAGAACCACCUGAAAAGCAGCCUGCGGCCGGGCUGCCCGGGAAGCCCGCCAGCCGGGUCCCUCAACUCAAAGCUCGCAUGGUCAGCAAAGGCAAAGACGGGGCUGGAGCCGAUGACAAGAAAACCAAGACAUCCACACCUUCCUCUGCUAAAACCCUGAACGGUAGGCCCUGCCUUAGCCCCAAAGGCCCCCCUCCUGGUAGCUCAGACCCUUUGAUCAAACCCUCCAGCCCUGCCGUGUGCCCAGAGCCAUCCUCCUCUCCUAAACACGUCUCUUCUGUCACGCCCCGAACUGGCGGUUCUGGAGCAAAGGAGGUGAAAGUCAAGGGGGCAGAUACUAAAACUGGAACCAAGAUUGCCACACCCCGGGGAGCGGCCCCUCCCGGCCAGAAAGGCCCGGCCAAUGCCACCAGGAUUCCAGCGAAAACCACGCCGUCCCCAAAGACCCCGCCGGGCACGGCUGCCAAGCAAGUGCAGAGAAAGCCACCCCCCGCGGGGCCAAAACCUGAGCGAGGUGAAUCCGGGAAAUCUGGGGAUCGCAGUGGCUACAGCAGCCCCGGCUCCCCGGGAACCCCUGGCAGCCGCUCCCGCACCCCAUCCCUGCCAACCCCGCCCACCCGGGAGCCCAAGAAGGUGGCCGUGGUCCGCACGCCACCCAAGUCGCCGUCUUCAGCCAAGAGCCGCCUGCAGACUGCCCCGGUGCCCAUGCCCGACCUGAAGAACGUCAGGUCCAAGAUCGGCUCCACCGAAAACCUGAAGCACCAGCCAGGAGGCGGGAAGGUGCAGAUAAUUAAUAAGAAGCUGGAUCUUAGCAACGUCCAGUCCAAGUGUGGCUCAAAGGACAAUAUCAAACACGUGCCCGGAGGCGGCAGUGUGCAAAUCGUCUACAAACCCGUGGACCUGAGCAAGGUGACCUCCAAGUGUGGCUCAUUAGGCAACAUCCAUCAUAAGCCAGGAGGCGGCCAGGUGGAAGUCAAAUCCGAGAAGCUGGACUUCAAGGACAGGGUCCAGUCGAAGAUCGGGUCUCUGGAUAACAUCACCCACGUCCCUGGGGGAGGGAAUAAAAAGAUCGAAACCCACAAGCUGACCUUCCGUGAGAACGCCAAAGCCAAGACGGACCACGGGGCGGAGAUCGUGUACAAGUCGCCCGUGGUGUCCGGGGACACGUCUCCGCGGCACCUCAGUAACGUGUCCUCCACGGGCAGCAUCGACAUGGUAGACUCGCCCCAGCUCGCCACGCUAGCUGACGAAGUGUCCGCCUCCCUGGCCAAGCAGGGUUUGUGAUCAGGCCCCCGGGGCGGUCAAUAAUCGUGGAGAGAAGAGAGUGAGAGAGUGUGGAAAAAAAAAAAGAAUAAUGACCUGGCCCCUCGCCCUCUGCCCCCAGCUGCUCCUCACAGAUCGGGUAAUCGGUUAAUCACUUAACCUGCUUUUGUCGCUCGGCUCUGGCUCGGGACUUCAAAAUCAGUGAUGGGAAUAAGAGCCAAUUCCAUCUUUCCAAAUUGAUGGGUGGGCUAAGAAUAAUAAAAUGUUUUUAAAAACA